CGCAUCACUCACACCCAACACACCCAACGCGCCCCAUCCCGCACCGCCCACAGCAGUUGCGUCGCCCAUCUUAACAUCUUCCGAUACCAGCAAUUGUAUAGCAACUGCCCAACAUGUCAGCUACCGCUACCCGGCGCUCAACGCGUCGCACGGCGGCAGCAGCAGCCUCGACUGAGGCCGCACUGUCAGCCUCGGAACAGAGCUCGCAGCAGGGAACUCCUCCACCAGAGGUUCCCAAGAAAAAGGCCCGAAAAACCAAGGCCACCUCCACCAAGGCUGAGCCGCAGGUCGUGAUCGAGUCGCAGCAGACUGUCACCAAGACUCGCGCCUCGUCACGCGCAAACACUACAUCCACAUCGGCCGCAACCACCGCCACGACCCAGACCUCGACCGUCACUGCACAAGCGCCUCCCACCGGGAGGAAGCUCACCAGGGCCGCCCGCGCCGCCCACGUAAAGGCAGGUGGACAAGCCUCACCACAGCGCAGCCUAGAGCAAGUCAGACCCGUGAAGCGUGCGCGCAGCGCCGCCCCGACCAAGGAUACCAGCGUGAAACGACAGGCGACUUCCGCAAAGUCGACGCGAAAGAGCGUCGUCAACGACGAGGAGAACGAGGACGACUUGGGCCCCUUCUUCACGGCCGAAUUCGACAGUGAUAUCUUUGAUUCAUCUGAUCCCAUCCCACAGCCUGUCUUCACCAAUGGCAGUGAGUCCGCACUCGCACUCCUCCAAAAGAUUGAGGAGUCCGCCAAGGAGACGAUGCGCGGCGAGCCUGCGUCGAGUAACAAUGACACACACGCUGACAACAGUGUUGACGCUGUGCCUUCACAGUCCCAGUCCGUCAAGAGGACAUUUACUGAAGCCACAGCUACUCCGGAUCGUUCGGUUGAGAAGUCAAACAUUUUCAGCCGGUCCUUCUCCGCAAUAAAGUCACGACUAUUCUCAUCAACCCCUAAACCCCCGCCAACCCCGGAAGUCGCCUCGCCUACUCCAACAAGGUCUUUGCCGCCUCAGGAUUCAUUGACGGAGACACUUUCACUCCCACCGACACCUGUUGGUGAGCGCGUUCAGACCCCAAGUAAGAAGCGGGCACUAGGCAACACCAUGAUGAAGAUACUGCUCAAGGGUAUUGAUCAAGAAGACAAGCGCAAGGCGGAAGAUUGGGCUAGAAGGGCCAUUCCUGAGCUAAGGAACGACAGCAACUUCCGUGAGAAGCGUCGACGACUCGAGACGCCCGUCUUGUGCAAGGAUCUCGUCCACUUCCCCGCAGCCAAGCCUUGGGAGACUGGUUUCGGUGACCCACUUGGUGAUCUAGACGACGACGAUGUCGUUCCGGUUUGGGCCGUCUAUCUUGAGAUGAAGACUGAGGAAGAGGAGCACGCUGCAAAGAAGCAAAAGAGGGCUACAGUCAGCUCCGCGGAAGACGAGAUCCCCACCAUUGACGAGCAGUUUGCGGCUAGCAACAGCAUGCGCACAUCACAGAAGCUUUACGACAGUCAUGGUCAGUCUACAUCUUUGUAUGACUUACAUCCUCGUCGGUCGAUUGAUCCUUCUCCAAUGUUCUCCAACUCUCUAUCACACAGUGAAGGCGGUAACAUCUUCAGUGAACUUCAAGGACAUGAGAACGCUGCCAAGAUUCGUGAGAAUGACCGUGAGAUUCUCAAGAAUGCAACCAAAGAGACGGUCAAUACUCAGACGCAAAGCUCCGUUGGACUUUCAUUCAGCGUGCCCGAUGACUCUGAUGACGAAGACUCGACCGCAGAUGCUGAGACUUCAGAAACCGAGACUCCUGCAGGCGAAGCCAAUCCAAUUUGGACCCAGCCGCCACCCCCGGCGCCUGUUCCUGCGCAUGCACCGCUGCCGGGAGGAUCUCCAACCGAGCCGCCUCUCAGCCCUCCGAGCCAACAACCUGUAGACGAAGUCGCGCGACAGCGCCAACGUCUCAUGAAGCACACGCCUGCCAAGCCUUCUCGCCUCCGUGAGGCAACAUACCCUUCACCGAGUGUUUUCUCGGACGCUGGUAACGAGUCUCUUCUUGCUGCUACCCCUGCUCCGGUCGCUGCUUCUGCGGUUUCCAUGUUCGACGACAUGCCCGCAGCGCAGACCAUUGAGCUUGACGCUGAAGAGAAGGCUGCCCUUGAGGAGCUCAUCGACUCGGAUGAAUACAAGAAACAGCUUGCCGCCAACUGGCCCGCCGCUACCCUCACGUACGAGUCGGACGAGGAGGAGCUCAGUCCCAUCUCUACCUAAGUCCGUGCCCUGCAUUUUGUUCUAUCGUUCGCCCUUCCCACCCCCAUCCCAAAAUUGAUCGAAGAGGCAUUGGACCGGAUCCUUUGCCCCCAAAA